AUGCGCUCAGAAUGGAAGCUUAUUGUAUUAUCAUUGCUUGGAUUUUCUCUAGUGCAAAGUUUAGAGUGUUCCAAGCAUGAAACGAUAAAGAAGUACCAAAUGGACAGGUUCUCUGUCCUGGGUGAGACCGAGAAGGAUACUCCACCUAGUAAGACAAAAGAAGUAUGGUAUGCUAAUCUUUGUGACGAAAAUAGAGAUGAUAAUGAGCGUCCGUCAGAUUGUGAUAAAAAUGACGUUUUAUGCGGUCUAACAGAAGUUAGUGUGCCAGGAAAGGACACAUUGACCACACAGAUUAUAAGCUUCUCCAAGAGUUUAGCAUUUACAAUUGAAGAAGGGGAAGAUAAUCUGGUUUUCUUACUAAAGGGAACUAAAUGGGGUCCAAAUACCAUUGAUGCCAAAUUGUCUUUCGCUUGUAAUACUAAUAUGAAGAAAGAUGAAAUCGUUUCAAGUACAUGGCAUGAUCAGGAAAUUCAAAUUGAAAGUAAAGGUCCAUCUGGUUGUUUAAAAGAUACAGAUUCCGGUAAACAUAAAGAUGAUGGUGACAAAAAUAAUGGAGAAGAGCAAUCAAAUGGUGGCCAUUUUUCAUGGUUCACAUGGCUCUUCGUCUACGCAUUACUCUUCACACUAAUCUAUUUAAUUGUCGUCUCUUACUUACAAACAAGAGGUGGAUCUUUUGAUGAUUUCCGUACUGAGUUCACCGACCGUUCUAUUAAAUUCGCUACUUCAUUACCUGAAUUUGUCAAGGAAGUAGCAUCAAAAAUAUUUGGUCUUAAUAGAUCCUCAGCAGCGAGAGGCGGUUACAGUGCUGUGUAA